AUGCAACAGGUGUUGGCAGCCCAGGGCUCAUUAUAUUGGGCAUACGUCCCCGAUCCACCCCUGUUACAGCCCGUAGGUUGGGAUGUGAGUUCUAUUCCUGUAUAUGUUAAUGAUACUGUCUUGCUAGGCCCUCCCUCUUCUGUUCAUCUCCGACCACAGCAGGCUGCCAUAUCUUAUAAGGGUUAUUCUGAUCUAUACCCCAUAUGCUUUGCUAUGCAGCGCACAAUACCACACUGUUUGAACGUUUCCCUACGAGCCAGUUACGGUGACGUGCGUAUAGCUGGCCUGGACACUACCUAUAGCACCAUAGUGACUUCUGGUAUAGCCCCACGGGACAUUCCGCUUUGUGCAACUAACUUAAGUGAAGCUAAGGGGAUUGGAGUACCUUGGAGGCUCUGCCAAGGACAGAUGGCCACCAAGUACUUGCUAGAGGAUGGAUUUGAGCUGUGGGAUUGGGGACCUGUAAUACCUUCUGGAUGUCCUGAAUGCCGACCGAAAAUACCCCCCAUUCUCACUCCCCAACGUGGCUAUCCGAUACGAACUGAGAUUUGGAAGCUCAUGGCUGCCUUUGGGGGCGCCCUCCGCUACAUUCUACAGGCCAGCAACACUAAGACCUUAUUUGAGUAUGAAAUUUUCAGACAAGCGUUUGGAUAUCCCCAAGCUUGCGUGCCCCAUCCGUUCAUGCUAGUUGUAGGAAACCUUACAGUAAAUAGGGAAAAGGCCACUUAUCAUUUUUCUUGUUAUAAUUGUACUCUAACAAACUGUAUUCGAGGAGUACCGCCAGGCAAUGGAGUAUUAAUGGUAAAACAGCCUCCAUUUAUCAUGAUCCCAGUUAAUAUCUCCAAACCAUGGUAUUCUAAUCCCGGCUUAGAGCUGUGGGAGCGUGUGCAAACUGCCCUAAGCCGGCCUCGGCGAGAGAUAGGGUUGUUGGUGCUCGGAAUAGUCUCGUUAAUAACCUUAAUUGCGACAGCCGUAACGGCGUCGGUAUCUCUUGCUCAAGCAGUGCAUACUGCGGAUACGGUGGAUCAGCUUGCAUAUAAUACAUCGAUGGUGAUGGGGACUCAAGAAGAUAUAGAUAAAAGGAUUGAAACCCGGUUAAAUGCAGUAUAUGACACUGUUAGAUUUCUAGGGGAAGAAAUUCAAAGUUUAAAAUUACGCACCAAAAUCCGGUGCCAUAGUGAUUACCACUGGAUUUGUGUAACUCCUAAAGAGUAUAAUAUCUCUGAGACCUCCUGGAAUCGAGUGCAGCGCCAUCUUGAGGGGAUAUGA